CGCCAUCAGCAGGUCACAUGCAAUAUAACACCAGAGGAAUAACUGCUAGCAUGGCAUCAGCCUACAACCGGAGCUGACCCUAAAACUGCUACUAAAGCCAGAGUAAAUGCAUAAAUUGCGAAGCCUCUCUGCAGCCACAUUGGCUGAACUUUUAAGCAGAUGGUCUGCACGACUAAAGAGCACUGGAGGAAGACCUUCAGCUCCUCUGGGUUCAAGGAUUUUGCUCAAUCCUGAUGACAUCUUUAAACAUAACAUGUGGGAUCAUGUACAGUGGACAGAAGAGGACAAAGAAAAUGCUUGUCAGAAGGCAAAAGAAAAUUCCAGCGAACAAAUUCCACUAAAGGAACAAGGUAAAUUCGACAUCGAAGCUUGCCAAUAUUGGGACACGUUCUAUGAAACGCAUCAGGAUAAGUUCUUCAAAAAUCGCAAGUGGCUGUUUUUAGAAUUCCCAGAACUGCUGCCUUCAGACGCAGAAAGUCAAACCAGGAAUACAUUGACCAGACAGCAUGAACACAUCAGCUCCACGGACCUUCUCAGACACUCCUCUCAUCAUCAGGAAUCAUGUAAAGCAGCAGAUUUAGAAAAUAAUGAAGGACCAAUACAGAGUUCGGCUUUUCCCGGACAGCACACAUCUUUCAAGAUCUUGGAGGUUGGAUGUGGAGUCGGCAACAGUGUAUUUCCUAUAUUGAAUUCCAUCAAAGAAAAAGAUGCCUUUUUAUACUGUUGUGACUUCUCCCCACGUGCUAUUCAGCUGGUAAAGGAGCAUCCAGACUAUGAUGACUCUGUGUGUCACGCCUUUGUCCAUAACAUUUGUGAGGAGGUGGCCUCUUUUCCCUUUCCACCUCAGAGUCUGGAUGUUAUUCUGGCGGUCUUUGUGCUCUCUUCUAUUCACCCAGAGCGAAUGCAAGGAGUUGUGAACCGACUAUCUACAUACCUAAAACAUGGAGGGGUAUUUCUGUUCCGUGAUUAUGGCAGAUAUGAUUUCUCACAACUCAGGUUUAAGAAAGGACGCUGUUUAUCAGAGAAUUUCUACACGCGUGGAGAUGGAACCUGUGUCUAUUUUUUCACAAAAGAAGAGGUUCAUCAUUUAUUUUCCAAUGCGGGACUAGAAGAAGUUCAAAACUUGGAGGACAGACGUUUACAAGUAAACAGAGGAAAGAAAGUUGCAAUGCACCGGGUGUGGAUGCAGAGCAAAUACAGGAAAACACAUCCAAGUUCAACAUCUUAACACUCCAUAAUGCUCAGAUGUAUGUUCAGCAAGUGUAAAUACAUUUUUAUAUUUGUUUAUAAAUUCUUGAUUUAUUCAUUUAUUUUUCUAUUUGCAAAUUAGGGAAUGCAUAAUUGCUAGAACUGUGUGCAAUAAAAUAAUGUAACAAAACUCUUGUGUCAUGAAGGUUCACAAACAUUUUAUAUUAACCAUAUUGAGAGAAUUUUACUGGAUUGGAAAAACUACAUCAUAGGCUUAUGGAUUUCUGGUUAUUUAUAGGUUUUUUAUAUGUGAAUUCUGUUUGCAACAAAAAAUAAAAACAGACUGAACUUUACACAUGAAAAGUAAAAACAUGUUGGCUAUAAUAAAAUAUAUUUCAGGACAUUGUAAGGUAGAAAUAUGGGACUGGUUUUAUUGUGAAACGACAAAUAGAGACUAAAGUGUGAGACUAAAUUAUAUACAAUAGAGGACAUAUCAACAUGACAAAACUAGAAAGUGAGUGUGCUAUAUACAACAGCAUACGUGUACAACACACACAUUGCCCAUAAAGUUGGAAUAAAAUAUUUUAGCCUCUUCUCAUGAAA